AUGGCAGGGGACGUGUACAGCCCCCCAUCCCCUCUUGGAGAGUCCCUCCUGGGCAGUCCUCUGUGUGGUGACCUGAUGGAGGACCUGGCUGACAUCUCUCAGUCCAUCGAGGCCAACAGUCUGGGCUUUGACUUCCCGGAGUACCAGAGUCCAGAAAGUCUAUCUGCACUCGAAACCCUGACCCCAGCGUCCAGCCCAUCGUCUGCUGUGAGCGGGACUGUCCCGAGUCCAGAGGAGCCCACUGUGCCCCUGUCACUGGAGUGUCAAGUUUGUUCAGACAAAGCUUCAGGCUUUCACUAUGGAGUCCACGCCUGUGAGGGCUGCAAGGGCUUCUUCAGGAGGACCAUCAGGCUGAAGCUGGAGUACGACAAGUGUGAACUCAACUGUAAAAUCCAAAAGAAGAACCGCAACAAGUGCCAAUACUGCAGGUUCAACAAAUGCCUCUCAGUCGGCAUGUCCCAUAAUGCGAUCCGCUUUGGCCGGAUGCCCCAGGCGGAGAAGCUGAAGCUCAAAGCAGUGUGCAAGGUGAAGGAGAAGGAGCAGCCGCUGCCUUCAGACAAUCGAGUCCUGAUCAGUCAGAUCCACAGCGCUUACAUGAAGAACUUCACCAUGAACAAGGCCAAAGCUCGUCUCAUCCUCACCGGAAAAAACAGACAACCACCCCUCAUCAUACACGACAUGGACACGUUUCAGCUGGCAGAGCGGACUCUGGCGGUCCAUAUGGUGAGCGAGAGUCCGGAUCCUGCCCAGACCAGGUCCACAAACAAGCCCAGCCACGUCUGCGGAGAGGUGCAGCAGAGAGAGGCAGAGGCCCGCCUGUUCCACUGCUGCCAGAGCGCCUCUGUGGAGACGGUCACCGAGCUGACAGAGUUCGCUAAGGCAGUGCCCGGCUUCCAAAGCCUGGACCUGAACGACCAGGUGACUCUGCUGAAAUAUGGCGUGUAUGAAGCGCUGUUCACGCUGCUGGCCUCUUGUAUGAACAAAGACGGGCUGUUGGUGGCACGUGGAGGAGGCUUCAUCACUAGAGAGUUCCUCAAAAGUCUGCGUCGGCCGUUUGGGGACAUGAUGGAGCCCAAGUUUCAGUUUGCAACUCGCUUCAACUCCCUGGAGCUGGAUGACAGUGACCUCGCACUGUUUGUAGCAGCCAUCAUCUGUUGUGGAGACCGGCCUGGCCUGGGGGACAUUUCUGUAGUGGAGCAGCUACAAGAGAGUAUUGUUCAGGCUCUCCAGCUCCACCUGUUGGCCAACCACCCAGACGAAGCCUUCCUCUUCCCCAGGCUGCUGCAGAAGCUGGCAGACCUCAGAGAGCUCGUCACUGAGCAUGCUCAGUUGGUCCAAGACAUCAAGACAACAGAGGACACUUCACUGCAUCCACUGCUUCAAGAAAUAUACAGAGACAUGUACUGA